ACAUACAAAUAAUUGUAUCUAAUUUCUCAUCCUAUAAUUUAUAUAUAGAACCUUCAUUUCUAGGGUUUUAUAAUUUUGAAAAUUGAAUCUGGAAAUGGAGAGUUCCGAUCCAAAAUCCGGAUCUCAAUCGGUUCGAGUUGCGGUUAAUGUUCGUCCAUUAGUUACUCCGGAGUUAGUCGCCGGUUGCUCUGAUUGUAUAAUUGUUACUCCCGGUGAACCUCAGGUCCAAAUUGGUUCACACUCGUUCACGUUUGACUAUGUGUAUGGAAGUACGGGAUCUACAUCUUCUAGAAUAUUCGAUGAUUGUGUGGCACCGCUUGUUGACGCUCUUCUUCACGGAUACAACGCUACGGUUCUAGCGUAUGGCCAGACGGGCUCUGGAAAAACGUAUACUAUGGGGACCAACUAUAAUGGUGAAAGCAGUAAUGGGAUCAUUCCGAAAGUAAUGCAAACUAUAUUUAAGAGAGUUGAAGAAACUAAGAAGACGACCGAGUAUUUGAUUAGAGUUUCAUUCAUUGAGAUAUUUAAGGAGGAGGUUUUUGAUCUAUUGGAUUCGAGUCCACAAGUUUAUAAUAAAGCUGAUGGAAACGGAAAGCCUGCAGGACCAUCUAGGGCUCCUAUCCAGAUCAGGGAAACUGCAAAUGGUGGCAUCUCCCUUGCCGGUGUAACAGAAGCUGAAGUGACAUCACAGGAAGAAAUGGCUUCAUAUUUGUUGCGUGGAUCUGUGUGUCGUGCAACUGGGAGUACAAAUAUGAAUAGUCAAUCGAGUCGAUCACAUGCAAUAUUCACAAUUUCUAUGGAACAAAAAAGAAUUUCUGGCAUGACAAGUGAAGGAGUUUAUGAUGAUGUUGGAGAUGAUAUACUGUGUGCCAAGCUUCAUUUGGUUGAUCUUGCGGGGUCAGAAAGGGCAAAAAAAACAGGAGCUGAUGGGAUGCGGCUACGAGAAGGAAUUCAUAUCAACAAAGGUUUGUUAGCUCUUGGCAAUGUGAUAAGUGCAUUGGGUGAUGAUAAGAAGAGGAAGGAAGGAGGCCAUGUACCCUACCGAGAUAGCAAAUUAACACGCCUAUUACAGGACUCUCUGGGGGGAAACAGCAAAACAGUCAUGAUAGCCUGUGUCAGUCCAGCCGAUACAAAUGCGGAAGAAACACUUAACACCUUAAAGUAUGCCAAUCGGGCCCGGAACAUUCAAAACAAAGCUAUAGUAAAUCGUGAUCCAGUUACAGCUCAAAUGCAAAGAAUGAAGAGCCAAAUUGAACAGUUGCAGGCUGAGCUUCUUUAUGUAAAGGGAGACUCUUCUACACCAUUUGAAGAGCUUCAAAUUUUGAAACAGAAGAUAACAUUGCUUGAAACAAGUAAUACUGACUUACAAAAGCAACUUCAAGAAUAUCAAGUCAACUUUGAACAUUUGACUAAACAGGCGAUUGAUGCCCAGUUUGAGAAAGACAAGUUGCUGCUCAAACUUGAAUCUGCUCGUGAUGGGAAACCAUGGGAUGUGAUCGAUUGUGAUUCGAAUCAGGACAUGGAUUUAUUAAAAACUUACGUGUCAAAAAUUCAAGAUUUAGAGGGAGAAUUGCUGCGCUUGAGAAAGUUGAAUACUUCAAAACGUAAUGAACUCAUUGAUUACUUGGAUUUGGAAGACAAUGUUCUUCACCCACAAAGUAGUUUGUUCCCUGAAUCUGAUUCUAAAGUUCCUGGUGACUCUGAGGAUGAAGAGAAGGAGCUAGAACAUUGCUCUUUGCAAGAGAAACUUGAUAAUGAACUCAAAGAACUUGACAAAAGGCUUGAACAAAAAGAGGCUGAAAUGAAACGGGUUGCUGGUGGCGAUACCUCUGUUCUUAAGCAACAUUAUGAGAAGAAAGUUCAAGACCUGGAACAAGAGAAAAGAAAUUUACAGAAAGAGAUUGAGCAACUUAGGUGCAAUCUUGCAAAUAUUUCCUCCACCUCUGAUGACAGUACACAAAAGCUGAAAGAAAGUUAUCUUCAGAAGUUGAACUUUUUAGAAUCCCAGGUUGUGGAGCUGAAAAAGAAGCAAGAUGCUCAAGCACAAUUGCUGAGGCAAAAGCAAAGGAGCGACGAGGCAGCAAAGAAACUUCAAGAUGAGAUUCAUAGAAUCAAAACACAAAAGGUUCAAUUACAACAAAAAAUAAAGCAAGAAUCUGAGCAGUUUAGAUUAUGGAAGGCCUCACGAGAAAAAGAAGUACUUCAGCUUAAGAAAGAGGGACGAAGGAACGAAUAUGAAAUGCAUAAGCUAUUAGCUCUCAACCAAAGGCAGAAAAUGGUAUUGCAACGGAAGACAGAAGAAGCUUCUAUGGCUACAAAACGGUUGAAAGAGUUAUUGGAAUCACGAAAGGCUUCUUCACGAGAAACAUUUGGCAAUAGCAGUGGCCCUGGACUCCAGGCUCUGAUGCAUGCAAUUGAGCAUGAACUUGAGGUUACUGUUCGUGUUCAUGAAGUACGCUGUGAAUACGAACGACAGAAGGAAGAGAGGAUGAAAAUGGCUAAGGAGGUUGCUGAACUCAAGGAUGAAGCAAAUAUUGAAAAGCAAUCAGGCUUAAGUCAGUGUACCCAAACAAUGUCUCCUGGUGCAAGAAAUUCAAGGAUUUUUGCUCUUGAGAAUAUGCUUGCUACCUCAUCCAGUACCAUUGUAUCCAUGGCCUCCCAGUUGUCAGAAGCAGAAGAGCGAGAACGUGCCUUCAGUGGAAGAGGACGUUGGAAUCAUGUUCGUUCUCUUGCUGAUGCGAAAACCAUCAUGAAUAAUCUGUUCAAUCUUGCAUCUUCUUCAAGGUGUCAACUUUGGGACAAAGAAGUUGACUGUAGAGAGAAAGAUUCAGAGAUUAGAAGUUUGAAGGAAAAGAUUGUCAGUUUAAUAAGACAAGUUGAAAUGCAGAAAGAAGAGCUCAUUCGCCAAGAGAAGUUUAAGAAGCUUAUCUUGUCGAAGAGCUUCAAGAAAAAGUCAAACAACGGAGAUGCUUUUGUCAUGGGAGAUGCUGAUGGGCAUGUGUAUGAUUUGCGACCUAAGGGACUUCGAAACUCGAUAGUUUACACAAGUUUUGGAAAUAUGGACGAGGCAGAAGAUAUGGAUACCGACGUAUCAGAUCAUUCAGACAAUGAAACCGAUACCGAGUGGCUACAUUCAGAGGAUUUCCAAGAUGAGAUGGGGCACAGAAAAAGACAAAAUAAUAAAAAAAGAAAUUCUAAGAUUUUUGUUGAAAACACUGAUGCUGAAACUCAUAAAAUAUUUCCAAGAGAAGCAACUACAAAUGUGAUUCAAAAAACAGUGUCAGGUAUCUGUUGUUCUUGCAGCAAAAGCUCUUCGUGCAAAACACAGAAAUGUGAGUGUAGAGCUGUUGAUGGUUUCUGUUCCAUCUCAUGUGGAUGCCACCCUAAAAAAUGUAGCAACCGUGAUGCAGUCGUUGUGGAGGAGUCUGAUGUGAGACCACCAGCUACAGUCGAGACCAUGAUUUUGUCUGAUGAUGAGGGAAUAGAGAGAAGCAGUAGUGCACUUGCAAGUCAAGGUGCAAUGUUACUUCAGGCUGCGUUGUCGGAUAAGCCUGCUGAGAUAAAAGAUGCCGAUGGCACACGAAGAAAGCCACUAUCCGAUAUCGGAAAUAAAGUUGUCAAACCAAAUGCACCCAAACCUUCCGCUCCAAGAAAGAAAUGGAGAAAGUCAGUAGCAAUCCAGCUCAUUCCAGUAUCAUCAGACCAGCCUACAUCUCAACCUGAAGAAGCAGAAGUUACAAAGAAACAAGAAAGUAGUACAGUUGAGUCCAAUAUCCCGAGGUUACCAAGAGCAAUGAGAAAUAUUAACGCCCCUUUGAGAGACAGAAACUCAGAACCAUCCACUGAUGCUACUACCAUAAACAAGGAACCUGAGCAUGCAGCUCCAAGGAGUCCUCACCACCAAGCGCGACCACCAACAGCUGAAAAAGAAAAUCAUGGAUGCUAGGUAAAUGCAUAUAUCUUGCUUUCUCUGAUGUAACCCUUUGUUCUGGUUGAUCAUCAUGACCCUAGAUUUAAAACAGAAGUAGGAAAUUUGUGAAAAUGGUAAUGUGCAAGUUGAGGAUUGACUGUAAUCACCAAUCCUUCAUUGGAACAAUCUUGUUCGGUUAAGUGUUAUGUAUGUUCAACCCUUCAUUGAGGAAGGGUGAGGAGCUGUUACGGUUAGUUAUGUAUUCUUCAACCUAACUUGAAGUACAAGGCUGAUUAUUUUGUGGUCU